AUGGCCCCGCCGCUGCUCACCGCGCUCCUGCUGCUCUGCGCCGGCCUCUGCCCGCCCGCCCGCGCCGGGCUCCACUUCAGGGCCGGGCAGAGCUGCUACCGACCGGCCCCGCGCAGGGCGCCCGGCCUCAGGACCUACCCGCGGCCGCACGAGUACCUGGACGUGUCGGCGCUGCCGCGGAGCUGGGACUGGCGGAACGUGAAUGGGGUGAACUACGCCAGCACCACUCGGAACCAGCACAUCCCCCAGUACUGCGGGUCCUGCUGGGCCCACGGCAGCACUAGCGCCUUGGCAGACCGAAUCAACAUCAAGAGGAAAGGUGCUUGGCCCUCUGCCUACCUGUCUGUGCAGAAUGUCAUCGACUGCGCUGACGCCGGCUCCUGCGAGGGCGGGGACCACUCCCGGGUCUGGAUGUACGCCCAUGACCACGGCAUCCCCGACGAGACCUGCAACAACUACCAAGCCAAGGAUCAAAAGUGUAAGAAGUUCAACCAGUGUGGAACUUGUGUCACUUUUGGAGAAUGCCAUGUGAUCAAGAACUACACUCUCUGGAAAGUUGCUGACUAUGGGUCUGUCAGUGGAAGAGAAAAAAUGAUGGCAGAAAUCUACACUAAUGGACCAAUUAGCUGUGGCAUAAUGGCUACUGAAAAGUUGGAUGCCUACACAGGGGGACUGUACACAGAGUACAACCCCACACCUACAGUGAAUCACAUCGUCUCUGUGGCUGGCUGGGGAGUGGAAAAUGGGACAGAAUAUUGGAUAGUUCGUAACUCCUGGGGCGAGCCCUGGGGUGAAAGAGGGUGGCUGAGGAUUGUGACCAGUGCCUAUAAGGGUGGAAGAGGAGCAGACUACAAUCUGGCUAUUGAAGAGGACUGUACCUAUGGAGAUCCUAUACUGCCUUGAUUCUACAUGGUACAGCUUUGUGUUUGGGUACUACUCGACCACUUUAUGGGUUGCUAGAGAUAAGGGAUUUCAGAGUUCCAUAUGGUUCCAGAAGAAAAAUCAGUGUUUGGAAGCUUCCCAGCACAACCUCCUCUUGUUCAAAGACUAAUAGCCUAAGACCCCUUCACAGUUCAACGCUGUCAGGCAGUUCUGCAAAAUUAGCCCAGAUGCAACACAUAGUACCUUCAAAAAAUACAGAACUGCCUUUAUUUUAUUUACAAAAUCACCCAUGAAGAAGUUGUCUACCUUGAUGCACAGUAUUAAAAUCACACUGACUGAAUCACAGAACAUGUACAUAUAAAUAUCUAUUUUUUAAAAUACAAAUCAUGUAGGUGUACUGGAAAAGUAUACUCAAUAUUUGGGUCUAGAGCUUCUUUUAGAUUCUGUGACAGUACUGACCAAAUAUGCUGCAAUGAUGCAAAAGCCAUGAUAACUUUGGAUAUGGUAAAUUAAAAAUACGAAAUCCUGUUUUUCUUGUCCUCCUGGUGAAACAGUGGUGUUAGAAUCCUUAAAUAAAGAAGUUGCUUUUAUCCACCAAAAUGAUAUAAUGGGAAUUACUUUAACCAAAAGACAGUCUAAACACUUCUUACUUCACUAGUCUUGUCUUUGCUCAAAUUUCUUAAUAUGUGAUUGUGCCCUUUUUCUCCUAAAGAGAAAAUUGCCAUAAACCUCACUAAUAUGACAAAUCAGUGCCAUAUCAGAUUUACUAUCUGGCCUUGCUAACUGAUUUAAUAAACAGACUUUUUCUCUUA